UGGUACAGUAACUGCAGAGAAUAUACACAUUGAAAAUGCUGAGAAAGUGAACAAAACGUCUCACUCACAUACAGAAGAUCCUCAGUACAGAGAAAUGAACACCACAGGCUACAGAUGCUACAGACUGACUGCAGUGUGUCUGGGGCUGCUGUGUGUUCUCCUGCUGACUGUCAUCACAAUGCUGUGGAUAAAGCUCGCUGCACAGAGAGACCAGUUACAGACCAGUUACACCAACCUGACUACAGAGAGAGACCAGUUACAGACCAGUUACAACAUGCUGACUACAGAGAGAGACCAGUUACAGACCAGUUACAAGACGCUGACUAUAGAGAGAGACCAGUUACAGACCAGUUACAACACGCUGACUGUAGAGAGAGACGAGUUACAGACCAGUUACACCAACCUGACUAUGGAGAGAGACCAGUUGCAGACAAGUUACACCAACCUGACUAUGGAGAGAGACCAGAUACAGACCAGUUACAACACCCUGACUGUAGAGAGAGACCAGUUACAGAGCAGUUACAAGACGCUGACUAUAGAGAGAGACCAGUUACAGAGCAGUUACAAGACGCUGACUGUAGAGAGAGACCAGUUACAGAGCAGUUACAAGACGCUGACUGUAGAGAGAGACCAGUUACAGAGCAGUUACAAGACGCUGACUAUAGAGAGAGACCAGUUACAGACCAGUUACAACACCCUGACUACGUUUGUAGAACAUCUCAGCAAGAGCAAAGACGCUGGGGUUUCUAUUGGCCUGACUGACCGUGAGAAAGAAGGAGUUUGGAAAUGGGUGGACGGCUCAGCACUGACCACUGCGUACUGGGACAGCGGAAAUGACUUUUUAGACAGUGAGGACUGUGUUGUAAACGGAUAUUCUGGAGAAGAAAAUUGGUACGACAGACCAUGUAAUGAACCUUAUUACUGGAUGUGUGAGAUAAAGUUCCUCCAGUGA